AAAGAAUGCAAAAUAUUUUAAAUAGUAGAAAUGAUACUUAUUUUGCUGCAGGCAAAAUAAGUCAAGAAAGAUUACUAUUUAGUCAGACUAGUCUAGCUUUAAAGAACAUGGAUGAUGAGGAAUAAUAGUGGAAUGCUCAUAAUUAUUAAAGGAAAAUUGGAUAAAUGACCACUUAUCACUUUUAUUUAAAUCUAUUUGCCAAGUCAGGGAAAAUUAUGAGGGACACAGGGAUGUAGCCCAAGACAGGGAUGUCUUGUGAAAGGUGUGACUUGGAUUGGGGAGGGCAUGUGGGGGUGAAGCAUGAGACAGGAAGGACUCAUGGACAUGUGCAAGUGGUGCUGUACUGACUGGGAGGGUACAUGGGGGUGCAACAUGGAUCAGAAAGGGUGCAAGAAAGGGUACAGAUAGGGUUGUGUAGUGGGGGGGAGACUUACCCAAGCAACUUGUAAUCUUUCCUGCCAGCUUUCCCACUGCUGAUGCUUCCUGCUAGCUUCCCUCAAGCAAGAUUUUGCUUGUGAGAAGCUGUCAGGGAGCAUCAACGAUCACAACUGAGUUUCUAUUUCCUCCAGCAUCUCAUUGACUUUUGGGAAGCGAACAUGGAGCAUUGAAAAUUAAAAUUGUGUGACUGUAGCAAUGCUGAAACAGCUCUGAAGUGGUCACAAUUUCCCCAAAUUUCAUUCCCAUAGGAAUAAUGAGUCCUGGCAUUCUGUAAGUUAGCCAAUUUGAAGCACAUUGGUUCAAAAAAUGCACUGUUUUGCCCAGAUGAAGGUUAGAAACAAACAGAAGAGGUUUAAUAGUAUAUAGAUAGUAGUUUAAAAUUUAGAGCAUGUUGAAUAACAGUUAGAACAAAAAUUGCUGUCAUUUUUGUUGUACUGGGUUAAUUCAAUAUUGCAAAAUUUAAAAAGUGAUAAAGAUUGCAAACAAUAAUCUCUUUAUAUAGAUAUAAUUCCAAAAAUGCACUAUGUUUUAUGUGACAUAUAUUAUGGUGUAUCAGCCACAAGGCUAAAAGCGGCUUGGGACUUAAUUUAGGAAAAAAAAUUAGAAUAUUUGGCAGCAUUUAUGGCAGCAAGAGGAUUUCCUACCAGCAUUUACACAAGAAAUAUGUUUUUAAAUUGGCAUCAAACUUCAAUAAGAAUCUCACACAUAUCUUUUAAAUAUUGAGUGAAUUCUUACGAUGCUGAAAAACUGAAGGGAAUAUUCUUUUACCUCUGACAGGAAUGUAAUAUUUUAGAUUUGGGGAAGAAAAUGUUUAAUGAAAUGUCAUGCAUAACUAAAGGGAAGGUUAAAUUUUAUUUAGUUGCUUACUUUUCAACUUACAUGGUUGCUCAUUUGACUCUGGGUAACAAACAACAAUAAAAGUAAUAGCAAUAUAGCAAUAUAUAAGUAGCAGCUGAAAUAAACUUCAAGCAGCCAUCAACCUAAAUAUUUCACAGUAUUUCUAGUAUGUUUCAAGCUCCAUGCCUGGUGAGAAAUUUUCAAGGCUUUACAUUAGACCAACAGGGUCUAGACAAUCUCUGGAGGAUGCUGUUCCAAAGAAGAAGUGCCGCAACAUAAAGGGUUUUCUAUUUAGGUCCUGCCAGAUGACACUCUUUAAUAGAUAGGACUCAUAGCAUGUCCCUUAUGUUGGAUGUGACAGAACUGAUAAACUUAAUUGGAGAAAUGGUUCCACAAAUAACCCAGUCCAUCCCAUGAAAGGCUAACCAUACUAAUACUAGCAAGCAGUGCAGUUUAUGGAGCAGAUGUGUAACAUGUGUCACCACUAUUGCAUUUGAUGUUUAACAAUCCAGAUGUUUAACAAUCAUCAGCUCCAUAUAAAGUGCAUUACAAUAGUCAAUUUGAGAAAUGACCAAGGCAGGAACAUCGAACUAAUAUAUUGUGACUGAGAACCUUGCCUAUUUCAUCAGGACUAAUAGAUUCAAACACCCCCUAGAUAACCAAAGUAAACUGAGUCUCAGUCACCUCCAUAGGAACUGCUUCCAUUCUUCAAAGUUAGGAUUUUUAUGCAUUUUUGAUAGAAUUAAAAAACCUCACAAAGUAAAAAAAAAGUUUCUACUUCUGACAGGAAGUUAAUUAUUGCUAAAUAGUGGAAAUAAUUAGAUAGUAUAUCAAUGGAUGGAUGUUGUGAAAAAGUCUGAACCUUUGCUAAGAAAAUCUCUGAAAAGAUCAAGUCUAUGACAAAGCAAGUCUGUACAAGACUAUAGAUAUAAAAUAAGCAUACUGACAACAACUUGUAUCAAAAAUUAUGGGCAAGUUAAAAUCUGGCAUCGCUAUAUAAAGUUUGGGAUUUAAAACUUUAAAUACAAAUAAUAAUGAAAAGAAUAUUGCUCUGGCUUUUCAGCAAUAAUUUCUUGGAUGAAACUUGCAUAUAUCUUUCAACUACCAAUUUUCAAGAUGUGCAUUUUACUUUUGUGAACAUUUGGCUUUAGUAGCUCUUUAGAGGCUGGAACAUUAAAUGGGAUUAUUAGUGCAGAACUCAUGAGGAAAACCAAAUUGAAGCAUGACAAAAUCUGGAAAGCAAUCUCAUCUACAGCCCAAUGACUUUCAUCCCCAAAUUAGAAUUUGGCAGCAGUCCUUAGAUUUAAUUAAUUUUUUGUUUGUUUAUAUUAGUCUGAUUUUAACAGCAUUAGAAGGUGCCUGUUCAUUCAACAAAAAUUUAUCCCAGGAGUAAAUUAAGAAUAUACAGCUAUGACAAAGAGAUCUCAUUAGCACAUACAUGUAAUGAGAAGUGUAAGCUGUUUUGCAGUUUUAUGACAGAAGGUUUAGAAAGAUUUGGAAAUGUUUAUUUUUGUCAUUUAUGAAAUUUGCAGAGUGAAAUAGAGAUUGACAUCAUUAUGGCAAAUAAAUUUAUGUCAGUAUCCUUAGUGAAUUCAAAUAUAGUUUUAAAUCUACUUGGACAUAAAAUGUUUCAUAAGAGAGGUAGGAAGAAACGUAUUAUAUUAGCUAGUUUAGAAAGAAACUAUAAUUAUGUCAUGUUCUUCAUGUAAAGGACAUUUGUAUAGACUAAAACAAUAUUUCUCAAGUUUGGCAAUUUUGUGAUGCAUCAACUUCAACUCCCAGAAUUAAUAGGCACUACUGUUAGCACUAUUUUAAUUCAUUUGCACAAUGCAGUAUUAAUCAAAAGCCUGUAUUUUCAUGUUUCAAAUAAUAUGAUUUUCAUAUUGUUGAAAUUCUAAGGUAAGCUUACUUUCUGUAUUAGAAAAUAUGACCUGGGUAUUUGCUUAGACCAGCUGAAACUGAAUGUUCUUAUUUAUUGCAGCUUAAUUCAGUCCUAUUGAUUUCUAGCUUUAAUGUAAAUAUGAUGAAGUUUGGAUCUAAAUCAAGGUAAACAUUUAGUUUUGAGUAAAUAUGAAGUAACUUAUGGUGGGUUGUUUUCAUUUAGCUAACAAAACAUACUACCUUUUCCUACAGAAUUCUAGUUACGAUGUUGCUAGAAGGCAAAUUUCAUGGAUUCCAUAAAUUCUGGGUAUUCCUAACAAUGUCCUUUCAGUCGCUUGUUAGGUUCACAUUGCUUUUGUAGUUUAAUUUUGUACUUAACCAGCCAAUUAUGAUUUAGAGAAAGUGUUAUAUAUCUAGAUGUGGUUAAAUUACAACUGCUGAUAUCUAGUAUCCACUGCCAAUGGUGAGGGCUAAGCUUAUUUAUUUCCUGGUUUAACAUUAUGUGUAUAUCUGGUCACUGGUUUAUUAUUCAGACCAGUUCAAUAUAAUAUGGAAAUCAAGUCUUUGGAAACAAUGAUAACAUGGGCUAAAAAUUUUGGGCACAUUAUAGUUAGAAAACUGGCAAAAUCUUUGGGAAAGAAACUAUAAAAUAAUAAUGGCAACUGCAUAUAUAUAAAAAAUUCUAUAUAAAAUGUUUUAUAGAUGGCAUCUACCACCGGCUAUAUUAGCAAAAAUGUUUAAAAAUAUGUCUAGCAAUUGUUGGAAAUGUAGGCAAAAUAUCAGGCACAUGCUAUCAUCUUUGGUGGACAUGCCAUAAAGCAAAACAAUUUUGGACAAAAAUUCAUACUUGGUUAGAAAAAUGUUAAGAAAGCACAUAGAUUUUAAGUCAGAGCUAUUUUUAUUAGGUAUAAUCUCAGGAAAAUAUGAAAAAGAAAAUGUAUAUUUAAUGGUACAUGUAUUAAUAGCAGCAAGAAUUGUUUUUGUGCAGCAUUGGAAAUCUGAAGAUGACAUAAUUAAGAAAAUACUGGAAUGUGCAGAAAUGGAUAGACUCACAUUGAAAAUUAAAGAAAAAGAAGAUGCAGAAUAUUUUCAAAUAUGGGAUGUAUUUUACCAAUGGCUGGAAAAACUGGGUAGACAUUAGAAUUUUAUUAUAUGUUAUUAAGUCCGAUAAUGCAAUGGGUGAAGAACAGUGGCUAUUCAGAGUAGCUGGUUGGAUGCUUUGGAUUUUAAUGGUAGCUCUAAUGUUAUGGAGUGACUAUGGCAAUGGACAAGCUCAAGGUCAAGCUGAUACUUUGACACUAAAACAGAUGUUAAACGAAUUGUUGAAACAAGAAGGCUGCUCAUUUCCAUCCGAUUUUUGUCUGCUUGAACAUUUUGGAUCUCGUCUUCGCCAGGAAGACUUUCCUCCACGAAUAGUAGAGCAUCCAUCUGAUGUUAUUGUUUCUAAAGGAGAGCCUACAACUUUGAACUGCAAGGCUGAAGGAAGGCCAACUCCCAUUAUUGAAUGGUACAAAGAUGGAGAGCGUGUAGAGACUGACAAAGAUGACCCCCGUUCACAUCGCAUGCUGCUUCCUAGUGGAUCUUUAUUUUUCCUAAGAAUUGUACAUGGACGCAGGAGUAAACCAGAUGAAGGAAGCUAUGUUUGUGUUGCCAGGAACUAUCUGGGGGAAGCUGUGAGUCGUAAUGCUUCUCUGGAAGUAGCAUUGUUACGGGAUGAUUUCCGCCAAAAUCCUACAGAUGUUGUUGUGGCAGCAGGUGAACCAGCUAUCUUAGAGUGCCAACCUCCUCGAGGACAUCCUGAACCCACUAUCUACUGGAAAAAAGACAAAAUCCGAAUAGAUGAUAGAGAAGAGAGAAUAAGUAUACGAAGUGGAAAGCUCAUGAUUUCAAAUACAAGAAAAAGUGAUGCUGGAAUGUACACAUGUGUCGGCACAAAUAUGGUGGGAGAACGGGAUAGUGAUCCUGCAGAACUUACUGUUUUUGAACGACCCACAUUUCUCAGAAGACCAAUCAACCAAGUGGUUUUGGAAGAAGAUGUUGUUGAGUUUAGAUGCCAGGUACAAGGCGAUCCUCAGCCAACAGUUCGCUGGAAGAAAGAUGACAUUGAUUUGCCAAGGGGAAGCAGAUAUGAUAUCAAAGAUGAUUACACCUUGCGCAUUAAAAAGGCUAUGAGCUCAGAUGAAGGAACAUAUACAUGCAUAGCUGAAAACAGAGUUGGAAAAAUUGAGACAUCUGCAACUCUUAUAGUUCGAGUUCGUCCUGUUGCACCUCCACAGUUUGUGGUAAGGCCACGUGAUCAGAUUGUUGCCCAGGGAAGAACAGUAACAUUCCCAUGUGAAACUAAAGGAAAUCCUCAGCCAGCAGUGUUUUGGCAAAAAGAAGGCAGCCAGAAUCUUCUAUUUCCGAAUCAGCCUCUCCAGCCUAAUGCCAGGUAUUCUGUGUCACCAACUGGAGAUCUUACUAUCACAAAUAUUCAGCGGGCUGAUGCAGGAUAUUACAUCUGUCAAGCACUCACAGUUGCUGGAAGUAUCUUAGCAAAGGCUCAGUUGGAAGUUACAGAUGUUUUAACAGAUAGGCCUCCACCCAUCAUUCUCCAGGGACCUGUAAACCAGACAUUGGCAGUAGAUGGAACAGCUUUACUGAAGUGCAAAGCUACUGGUGACCCAAUGCCUGUUAUCAGCUGGUUAAAAGAAGGAUUUACUUUUCUUGGCCGAGAUCCAAGGACAUCUAUACAAGAUCAAGGAACUUUGCAAAUUAAACCUUUACGGAUAUCUGACAUGGGCACAUAUACUUGUGUUGCCACAAGUUCAAGUGGGGAAACAUCUUGGAGUGCUGUGUUGGAUGUUACAGAAUUUGGGGGAGCAGCAGUUAGCAAAAAUUAUGAUUUAAAUGAUCUUCCUGGACCACCAUCCAAACCUCAGGUCACUGAUGUCACUAAGAACAGUGUCACGUUGUCUUGGCAGCCAGGCACACCUGGGAACUUACCAACAAGUGCAUAUAUCAUUGAGGCUUUUAGCCAGUUGGUGAGCAAUAGCUGGCAAACAGUGGCUAAUCAUGUUAGAACAAUUCCUUACACUGUGAGAGGACUCCGUCCAAAUACCAUCUACCUGUUUAUGGUGAGAGCUAUCAAUUCACAAGGGUUGAGUGAUCCCAGCACUAUGUCAGAUCCUGUCCGAACCCAAGAUAUCAGUCCACCAGCACAAGGUGUGGAUCACAGACAAGUCCAAAAAGAGCUUGGCGAUGUAAUUGUGCGACUACAUAAUCCUGUUGUGCUUACCCCUGCCACAAUUCAAGUGACCUGGACGGUUGAUCGCCAAUCACAGUUCAUUCAGGGUUAUAGAGUUAUAUAUCGACAGACAUCAGGCCUGAUUUCCCCUUCUGCAUGGCAGACUGUGGAAGUCAAUGUUCCCACAGAACGGAGUGCUAUCCUUAUCAAUUUGAAAAAGGGGGUUACAUACGAUAUCAAGGUUCGUCCAUAUUUCAAUGAAUUUCAAGGGAUGGACAGUGAAUCAAAAUCUGCACGUACCACUGAGGAAGCUCCUAGUGCCCCUCCACAAUCUGUUACAGUUCUGACUGUUGGAAACCACAAUAGCACCAGUAUCAGUAUUUCCUGGGAUCCCCCUCCUCUAGAUCACCAAAAUGGAAUCAUUCAAGAAUAUAAGAUAUGGUGCCUGGGUAAUGAAACAAAAUUUCAUAUCAACAAGACUGUUGAUGCAGCUAUUCGGUCUGUAGUUAUUGGAGGCCUAUAUCCAGGGAUUCAGUACAGAGUGGAAGUUGCAGCAAGUACUAGUGCUGGUAUUGGAGUUAAAAGUGAACCACAACCUAUAAUAAUCGGAGGGCGUAAUGAAGUCAUCAUCACUGAAAACAACAAUAGCAUAACAGAACAAAUUACGGAUGUUGUCAAGCAACCUGCCUUUAUUGCUGGAAUUGGUGGUGCUUGCUGGGUUAUACUCAUGGGUUUCAGUAUCUGGCUCUAUUGGCGCAGAAAGAAGAGAAAGGGCCUUAGCAAUUAUGCAGUCCAGUCCUUCACCUUCACCCCUGCAGUCACUUUUCAAAGAGGAGAUGGAGGACUUAUGAGCAAUGGAAGUCGGCCAGGGCUGUUAAAUGCAAGUGACCCAAGUUAUCCUUGGCUUGCGGAUUCUUGGCCUGCUACCAGCCUUCCUGUUAACAACAGUACCAAUGGAUCAAGUGACCUUGGGAAUUUUGGUCGUGGAGAUGUGCUACCUCCAAUGCCAGGAGAUAAGACUGCCACAAUGCUUUCUGAUGGAGCCAUUUAUAGCAGCAUUGACUUCAGUACCAAAACUAGUUACAACAGUUCCAGCCAAAUAACACAAGCUACUCCAUAUGCCACAACACAAAUACUGCAUUCUAACAGCAUCCAUGAAUUGGCAGUUGAUUUACCAGAUCCUCAGUGGAAAAGUUCAAUUCAGCAGAAAAGUGACUUAAUGGGAUUUGGUUACUCUCUUCCAGAUCAGGGCAAAGGCAACAAUGCCUUGCUUUACAUCCCUGACUACCGAUUGUCUGAGGGAUUGUCUAAUAGAAUGCCACACAACCAGUCACAAGAUUUCAGCACCACCAGCUCCCACAACAGUUCAGAAAGGAGCGACAGCCUCUCAGGUGGGAAAGGAGGAAAAAAAAAGAAAAACAAAAAUACUUCCAAGACUCAGAAAAAUAAUGGGUCUACCUGGACCAGUGUUCCUCUUCCACCUCCUCCAAUACAUCCACUUCCAGGAACAGAGUUAGAACACUAUGGAGUGGAUCCACAAGAACAAGGGUACAACAGUGACGAUUGGUGCCCACCUUUACCAGUCCAGACAUACUUGCAUCAGGGAAUGGAGGAUGAACUUGAAGAAGAUGACCGAGUUCCUACACCUCCUGUCCGAGGAGUGGCUUCUUCCCCUGCAAUCUCUUUUGGACAACAGUCUACUGCGACAUUAACUCCCUCUCCCAGAGAAGAAAUGCAACCUAUGCUUCAGGCCCAUCUUGAUGAGCUGACCAGGGCAUAUCAGUUUGAUGUAGCAAAGCAAGCAUGGCACAACCAAAUCAAUAUUCAGCCACCUCAGACCCCAGCUCCCCCAUUAGGAUAUGUCUCUGGAACAUUAAUAUCAGAUUUUGAAGCAGACAUUCCAGAGGAUGAAGAUGAGGAUGAUAUUGAAGAAGAGGCUAUAGAAAUCACACGGCCAUUACGAGACCUAGAGCAUACUUCAGGCUGCGGCACAGACAACCUUGACAGCUCUCUGACAGGCAAACCACAUUCCACUUCUCAGAAACUUCGCCCAACCAGCCCAUUUUCUACUGAUAGCAAUACUAGUAUAAUCCAGAAUCAGAGUCAAAGGCCUAGGCCUAACCCUACCAAAAAGCAGCCAUGCUUGCCUCAUCGUAGGGAAGGCAUGGCAGAUGAUCUUCCACCACCACCAGACCCACCUCCGGGUCAGGGAAUAAGGCAACAGAUAGGUACUGGCCAACGUGGAGGUUCAACAGAGAGAAAAGGGAGCUCUUUAGAGCGACAGCAUACAACCAACAUAGAUGAAACAAAGAGUUCUUUGGAUCGCCAAGGUAGAACAUCAUUAGAGUGGCAACGACAAACCCAGGAUUGGCUAACUUCCACUGAACUUCAAGGCCAGCAAAAGCAAGCCUUUGGAUCAGAAGAGACAUUGGUGCCAUAUAGCAAGCCUAGCUUCCCAUCCCCAGGUGGCCACAGCUCUUCAGGUACGGCAUCUUCUAAAGGAUCAACUGGACCCAAAAAAGCAGAUGUCAUGAAAGGAGGUCAUCAGCGCAACAUGAGCGACCUUAUUGAUGUAGGAUAUAUUGGAUUAAACAGUCAAGGACAGUUUUCUGAUGAAUUAUAGUAGUUGAAAAGAAACAUCUCCAGCUGCUUUCAAGGCCAUCAAGUCUCAACUCAUGGAAGUGAUGACACUAAACAGUGCAAUGAACAUUUUCUUUAUUUAUGUACUUACUAUUAAAGGAACUGUAAAUGCAAUGUAAAGAAACACAGCCACACAUAUCCCACAGAUAUUCUACCUGUGUUCUUCUUUUACACCUUUCAUUUUAAAUUUUUUUCUUAUUAAGCAUAUAUACCAGGAAAAAAAUCACCCUGCAGGAUGAAAUAAAUUUCCCUUGUACAUAAUUUCUUUUUAUUGCAUUGCUAUGCAAACUCACCUUCAUUUAGCUAUGUUCAUAUUAUUGUCUGUCCUUCUUGGUCUGUUGUACUAUAUGUGAAUUAAUAGGCUGUGGUGCCAUAUAAUAACUUUUAAUUGUGUAACAUUUUAUGUUUGAAGUUUGCACUGCAAUUUUUUUGUUGGUGAUAAGCACAAAACUUUUAUGCCUCGUGUCAUGAAGAAGAAGAUUGAAUGUGAAAGGAGUCUAUGUACUGUAAGCUAUGUUGGAUAAUGCUGGAUGUAAUGAAUUACGUUAGGUGGUUUUCCAUUUGGGUGUAGAAUUAGGAAGAUGACUGGCAAAACUGAUGUUAGCAAGAAUUGAUUGGGACAUCAGGAAUGGAAUGCCAUCUGAAAUAGCAAGCAAUGUUGCUUUUAUCAUUUAAAGAAAAAGGUCAAAUGAUGGAUGUAUCAGUUUCAAGAUCAGAUUAGAACACGAAAGCCUCCUAUCUUCUUAGUAUCAGUUUUUCAUUUAUUCAGUACAGUUGCACUCACUACAAAGGAAGUUAAGAUGUUUCACUAAAGCUGUUUUUAUAUUACUUUUUAUUUUAGAAAAGAGUAUUAUCGUUGAUUUGCUCUUCCAUCUGAAGGUAGAGAUCCAGUAUGAACAUAUGAAGGUAGAGAAAUACUUAGCAAGACUUAAAGAUGCAAUUAUCAUUGAGAUAUCCAAGCUGCUUCCAAAAAUCUACAGUGUUCAUCUUUUCAAUGCUUGUUCAGUAAAGAUGAAGAUGUAGAGCUACGUCACUUGAAAUCCAUGAUCUAAUUUUUCUUAUGCAACUAACACAUAGUUUUGCUGUAUUAUUAUCUGAAGCUGUAAGACAUUGAAAUCCAAUUCAUUUGUAUUUAAAUCUUGGGUUACAGUAGUUGAAAAGAAACUUACGGCAUAUUCAUGCUCAGUUUGAAAUCAAGGUGUUUCUUUUUACCAAUUCAAUAACAUUACAGGGAACUGGUUUAAACAAGGAAAAGAGGACAUCUUUGACCUAUUUUUGAUGACUAAAUUUAGCCUCUUCUUACAAAAACAAUGCAUGUUUAUACACUUUUUAAAUAAACCAAACUUGCUGUAAGUGGACAUUAACAAAGCAUCCUGUCUCAUCAUUAAUUUUCAUGAUUUCUCCAGCUACUUGCCAGUUUUUCACAUCUUUGUUAGAAAUAUUAUACAUGUAUUCCAAUGCAUUAAAUGUUUUAUUUGAAGUUUACAUCAAAAAGCUUAUCUUAUUCAUUCAUAUCAUUGUUACAAACAUUCAUAUACACACAGUUAGUUCCUGUUGUUUAUACUUUGCCUUGAUGAUCAUGCUACUGUUAAACAAAAUACUUCUUGAUCAGGCAAAGAAAUAUGCAUUCUUUUUCAUUACAUUACUUUGAGAAUGUGAUAAACUAAAAUAUUUUUAGUAUAAAUUGUAAAUCAGAAUUGCAAGUAUUACUUUUUGAUUUUAAUUUAGUUCAGAGUAUUGGCAAACUAGAAACAAGGAAAGGUGCAUUGAUUCAGAGUGCAUGGAAGUUAUGUAAAAUUCUCGGUAAUUGAAAUGUUAGACAUAGCUAAGGCCAUUAUUCUAUAAAGACAUAGAACAUUCAUAAGUGUAAAAAAACCAUUUUUCUAUCCUGAAUUCUGUAUAUUAAAAAUGAAUAUAUAUAUAUAUACGCUAGCAUUAGUAGAAUGGAUCCAAAAAAAUCUGCAAAUAGUUUCAUAUAAUGAUGAUACAAACAGCUGCUUUGAAGGAGAAAAGAACUCAUUCUACUCAUAACCUACCAAAAAUCGUGAUACAGCUAUGUCUGGUUUGGAGCAAUUUUUGUAUACCUGUAGACAGGGACUUUUCAAUUAAACAUUUCACAACACCAAUCAGUUAAAAGUGACAAAAGAUACUGAAUUCCUAUCAUAUAUCACUUAAUUCUUAUAUAUUCCUUUCUUACUCUGGAAUACUGGAAUUGUGAUGUACUGAUGUACUAAGAGCUAGGAUAUGGGACAUAAGUCUGUUGCACAAAAAUAUGUCUUUUGCAAGACUUGAGAUAACCCAUGUAUUCAAAUGUCAAGCAAUCUUUGCCAAUAUUAUCUGUGAAACCCUAUGUGUUAGUAUUAGGCACCAAAUGUCAUGAGUUUUCUUGUGAGAAAGUCACAUUGCCAACAAGGUCUUUUCCCCUUAACCUCAACUUCUAUGAAAGAUUUCUAGGACUUAAACAGGCUUCCAAUUGCGAACAGAAUAUAUUUGUCUUGGUUCUUGUUGCAACGUGCAGUUUUAUAAAUGAAAACUUGUAUAACUUUUUUUAAAUCCACAGAGUGACUGCAAUUAACAUCUAGGAAAAAAUAGGUAUGUAUUGAAAUUAUAGGAAAAUCUGAUUUGUAGAAAUUCAGGAUGCACGUUGGUGCAUAACUGUUUACAAGUGUGUAUUUUGGACACAUCUGGCACUACACAUUUGAAAUCCUAUUCCAAAAAAUAUAUAUAAAUCAGGAUUUAAAUAAAUGUUAACACUUUAAAUUAUCAUGGAUUGGAUUUAAAUUUCAUUUACAUAUUACAGUAAAAUUGUAGCCAUUUCUGUACUUAGAUCCAUGGUAUUAACACUAGUAUUUCUCCUUUUUGUCCUGUGCAAAGUUAAUAAUUCCAUGGCUAUUAUCAUGCACUUUCAUGCCAAUCUUAUUAGGCAGCAUGCUAACAGUACUGAAUAUGCUGAAAUAUAUUCCUCUUGCUAAAUUGAGUGAGCUAUGAACGUGGCUUCAACCAUACAUUUCCAAGUACUGUAAAAAAGCAGACUUAAUGGCUUAUCCUAAGUGCAAUAUGUAAAUGAUAAGAGCUCUCAGAAAUCUAUUCAAGAUAAUGUGAUAUAUCACAAGUUUUCAAGAUGCAACAUAAAUUUAAAGGAAUAUAACAAUAUUUGAUAACUCAAUGUUUAUGCCUUGAGUUUUAUAUAGUAUGAUCUUCCUGAGUAUUUUAAUUAGUUUUAGAAAUAUGCGUUGAGCUUUGGUGGAACACCUUAUUGGCCAAUUUUUCUUCACAAUACAAUGUGAACAAAAGUAGCCAUCCCAUACUCUUUUAGUUAAAUGUCUUGAUCUUUUUAGUUCCAAUUUUGUAUCAGUAUUAAAAAAUAUGUAGUGCUAUAAUAUCAGUCUAUUAUUCACUACUAUAGAAUUAUCUUUACAUUAUUCUUAGGAUGCUUUUUAAAAGAUUUAAUGCUGUUGUUUUAUCUCUUCUUUCUCUCCCUGUUUCUCAUUAUGUAGUGUACUUCAAAUAAUCACAAAACCUAUUUUUUAAAAUGUGCAAUUUGCCUUUUUUCUUUUUUUAUAAUUAAAGGAAACUUUUUUAUAAUUGAAAAUAUUUCUUAUUCAUAAUGUGUCUAAAGAAAAGGAAUGUGGUGGCAGCUCUUAAAACUGUUUUCUAAUUUUUUUAUAUAAAAUGAUUCAGUUACAACAGUUUUUUCAGUCACAUACACACAAAGAAAAUGACCUCUUAAUGUGUUUCAUGUGUUAGUGAAGCAAAAUUUAAUAGGCAUAAAGUUGGUUAAUCGUAAUGUUAAGUGUGUAUUGUAUAUCUACUGGGGAAAAUAAACUUCCACAUUUCAAAAAAAA